AUAAUAACUUGCUUUAACAACGUUGGCCCCUGUAGCCAACAAAUAAAACCUUAAUCUAACUUUGCUGGAUAUUGAAUAGUAAUGUAAACAAACAACAAGUGUCAUCAUUUAUGUUGUUAUUUUGAUAAAUCUCGUCUUGUUUACUGGCAGAUAACCUCCAAGUUAUACACGUAAAGUUGGAAAAAAAUCAUUUUGUUAAUUCUUUUAACAAAGUCUAUCUUUAAAACGUAAUGCAAGAGUAAAACCAUGAGUAUACGUGACAAAAUCCAGCCUGUCCUGAAAAUCCUGAAGAUCACAUCGCUUGUUACCGGAACGGGUUUGUUUAUUGCGUAUGAAAUAUCAAACACUCGAAAAUAUAUAAACAAAGUGGUUAACCCGACCGUGCUCGACCGGGAGAAGAAGUAUGUCCCCGAGUACGUUUACAUCGAGGACCCUACAUACAAUACGCAGCUGGAGAAGUUACAGGAGAAGGAGUCCUUCAAUGUGAUGGGGUUCGGUCGUAUCUGGAAGAGUCUGCAGCACUCGCUGGCGUGGCGGCUGCUGUGGCUGUGCAAGCACGGCAGCGCGAAGCAGCGGAACGUGGCGCUGGAGCGGCUCGCGGGGUUCUCCAACAACAAGGACUGGGACUGCCGCAAGCUGGCGCAGGCUCUGGACGGCGGCACCGCGGUGCUGCUGGCCCGCACGCGCGGCGCCGACCUCCGCUACUUCCUCCCCCCUCCCAUCCACGUGCGCCGCGCCGCCGCCACCAAAGAACUGCUCUCACACAAGCUCGGACACAUGAUACUCGCCACCUACAACACUCAACCCCAUGUGUGCAUCAACCACUUUCUCUUCAAGUAUUUUGUGACUGUUCAUGUACAUCCAGACAAUGUAGAGGUUGACAGUGUACCACCGAAACCUGAUGUGAUAAGCGAGAAGGAUCUGUGCAUCUUGUGCUUGGAUGCGAUACAUCAUCAUGUCAGUCUGUUCCACAAUGCUUUGUAUGAAGAUGACUUUGCUAUUAAAUCGUUAAUUUAUAUGGGAAUUUUGCCAUGCAUAGCAGAGUUGCUGCUUCGAUAUCCCAAUGACUUAGAAAUUGACUUGGCAGUGGUGCGUCUCCUGGCAGUAUUAAGUUUACAUCAACAACAUCUAAAAGAUUUCUUUCAAAAUGGUCUCAUUGGGUAUUUGGCAGCAUACUUAAAGUCUGAUGAUGUGAGACUUGCAAGCUCAGCUGCAGUAGCCCUUACGAAUUUAUCUGGAGAGUGCAAAUAUAUGCCUGGAUUGUUUAUCUUACACCCAAUUUACAGAUCAAAUCAGCCAGUGACAUGUGACACUCUCCUAGUGCACGGGCUGCGAGGUGGUGUGUUUGUCACGUGGAGACAGCGAGACAGGAAGUGUGGUGAGCCAUUGGGUUUAGCAGAUGCCACAGUUUCUGAUGUUGAAUGCAACACUGUUGAGGAAAGCUCUGCUAUGCGUGUUGCUGAUCCUGAAUACAGAGAAAUACUAGAGGACCUAAGAGUGCUUGAAGAAGAAUCUCUUCUGACUGAUAUGGAGAUAGUUUUACAAGACUUGCCAAUUAGAGCGCAACGCGAACCAGCCCACACUGGCAUGUACACAGUGAAGAACAAGCAGGCGGCUCUAUCGGAAGAGUUGCAGGACAAAGCCCGCUACAGCUUUUGCUGGCCUAAAGAUUGGUUGCCUCAAGACUGCGGCGGCCUGCGGAUCCUCGGCGUGAACUACUGGAGCUCGCUGUCGGAGUGGCUGGAGCGGUGCCCGCUGCAGACGGCGGAGAUCUCGCGGCGCGCGGGCGAGCUGGCGCCGGCGCUGGUGGCGGCCGCCGUGGGCCGCGCCGACACGCCCGUCGUGUGGCUCGCGCACUCCAUGGGCGGGCUCAUCGUGAAGCAGCUGCUGACCUGCGCCGCGGACGACGCCGACCCCUGCUACAAGAAGCUCAGCGAGAACACCCGCGCGGUCCUGUUCUACAGCACCCCGCACCGCGGCACGGCGCUGGCCAGCAUGCCGCGCGCCGCCGCCGCCUUCCUCUGGCCCUCCAACGACGUGCGCCAACUCCAGCGCAACUCCCCAGUCCUGCUCCAGCUGCACCAGAAGUUCCUCAACAAAGCCGACGCGCACAACUGGGAAACUAUCAGCUUCGCAGAAACGAAGCCGACGCUAGUCACCGCGUUCAAAGUUCCUAUUCAUUUCGUGGACUCGUCGUCGGCUGACCUCGGCCGGGGCGUGUUCUACGAGAUGCCGCUGGACCACCUGUCGAUCUGCAAGCCGGCCACCAGGCAGUCCAUCCUGUACACGACGGUGCUGGACGUGAUCCAGCGCACCACGGCGAGGCAGGAGCACACGCAGUACAGCUACAUCAUGGAUAAGAUCAUGUACCUGCUGCAGAAGUACCUGAGCUGGCGCGCGGGGGGAGGGCAGCGGGCCGAGGGGGCGCGGGGCGAGGAACUCCGCUGGUUCGAGAAUAUACUCCUCGACGCCUUCUCAAAAGGAUUUGUUGACUGAAUGUUUGACUGUUCGGUGUCUAAUGUGUAACUCUUUCUAGUCUUUUGGAUAACUAUUUAUAUCAGGUAUUAUGUGCCAAAGUAUUACCUAUAGUAUAUUUUCGAGCUCUAUCAGAGCACUUACUGUAAUGUAAUUACAGAUGCAUAAUUUUAUGUAUAAAUGUUAAUUAUCUACGGUUGAUUAAUACCUACUCCUUGAUGUACCUAAGAUCUAAAUGUAUACCUUUAUCGUAUUACAGAUUAUGGAUGUCUAAAAUGUUACAUUAAAACUCUGAAUGUGAACUGCAUUGUA